AUCUUUUUGAGUUUUUGAUUUGAAUUCGGACCUCAAAGAUGCCGCCGUUCGUCACCGUGAUGGCCUUUUUGCUGUGCAUUCUGACGGUGAAUGGUGAAGAUUCGCCGUCAUUUCGUGGGUUGUCGUAUGGCGAGGUGGACUACAGCAGCAAGGGGCUCAACUGGUCCGAGGGUGAAUGUGGAAGCGACGUGGUGAGAACACACACCCGAGGGACGGAUGGAUGGAUGGAACAAUGGUGUUUUUUAUGUGUGUGUGUGCGGUUUGUGUGCAGCGCCAGUCGCCGAUAGACAUCGUACGUUCGGAUGCAAUUCAGUUGAGGGGGCGGGGCAUCACGUGGUCGUACGGCACCGCUGCCGGCUAUGAGGGAGGGGUCCAAGUCAUCAACACGGGAAACGGCAUUCAGGUAACUUACGUGUGAUUGGUGCCCACCCAAGCACAAGCAUCCAGUUCUUUCUGUGUGUACUGUACUGUUUCGUUUCAUGUGAAUGAAGGUUGAGCCUUUGGAUGGCAACGCCACGCUUGGCGUGUUCAAUGUGACGCAUGAGACGCGGGACCCCGGUGUGGAGGACGACUCGUUCGUGGCGCUCCAGUACCACUUCCACGCGCCGGCCGAGGUGAUGGAUGGCUAACGAAGGGACCAAUGGGGUGAUACGAUACACUGAUGUAUGUAUUUAUGUAUGUGCCUUUGUGACUGUCAGCAUUCGUUUGAUGGCGUCCUGCUGCCACUGGAGAUGCAUAUCGUGCACAAACACACACGAAUCGGUGGGCUGGGCUGGCCUGGGCCGGCCUUCAGUCACACGGCGGAUGGAUGAAUGGAUGGAGACGCAACCAACCACAAAUCACUAGCUUGCUUGGGGGAUUGUCUGUGCAGACAAUGUCUUCGCCGUGUUGGGCAUCACCUUUGUCUCUUAUCCUGACUCAUAUGCAGACACAGGUAAGUACGCACGAGCGUGUAAAUGCCUGGCUGUACAAUUUCCAUGCGCACGCAUAAGCUCUUGUGUUGUGUAUAUGCAGAAACUCAGGUCAACCCCUUUCUGGCAGCUCUUUUGGCGCGGCCGCUGCCCGAAACAGGUAGGCACAUUCGUACUCGCAUGUGAUGGAGACACGAUAUCUGUGUGCGAAUGUGUCUCUAAUUGCGUUGUUCCUGCAGGCGGAGACUCCUACAACUUGACGGCGGAAGAAGGUGUGCCCGACUUCAACCAGCUGCUGAGCAGUGGAGAGUACCCACUAUUCUACUACCAGGUCGGUCGGUGUCUCUCUUACUGUCUGCUCUGCCACCACUCCGUGGCUUUGUUUCCAUGCAAUUGAUCGUUUUCGCGUCCGUUGUUUCGUGCCUUCUCGCUCAGGGUUCGCUCACUACCCCUCCUUGCUCAGAAGCAGUCGAAUGGUGCGCACACACACACACGCGCACGCAGACACACACAACCGAGACACACAUAUAUAUAUUGAAGUUCACGUAUGUCUUCUGAAUGGCAGGUAUGUGAUAGAUCUGGCCUUGCCCGCAACCGUCGGGCAGCUCAAGACACUCACAGAUGCCCUGGGGCAGAACGCGAGGGCAAUCAUGAACCACAAGGUGAGAAUGGGCCGAGAGAAGGAGGAUUUGUCUCCACAAUGCACGUGUGUGCGUAUGUGUGCGUGACGCACAGAACAAGCAGCCGCUGUAUUCGCUCAUCGGCGGACCGGCUAUGAGAAGGCGACAGCUGUCGGACGCGAAUGCAACGGUGCAUGGCACGGAUGAUUCCAUGACUUCUAGAUGAUUCAUGUGUGUGCGUGUGUGUGUGUGUGUGUGGGACUACAGUGGUCUUACGAGGGCCAGGGCACUGCCUGGGAGGAUAUGGGUGACUGCGGCAGCACAGAACGACAGGUGAGUACUGAUGCACACACACAGGUGAGUACUGAUGCACACACACACACACACACAGACGCUGCGUCUCACACAAAUUGUGCAUCUAUAUAUCAUCGCUCAGUCGCCGAUAGACUUCGAGAUUGACACGAUCGAGCAGGGCCCGCAUUCGGUGGACGUGCACCUCAACUACCACACCGGCAUCGAACAAUGGAAUGUCGAAAACACAGGUAUGGAAAGAUAUUCAUGUGCAUCGACGCGCACCCGUGCGUGUGUAUGUACGUCUGUGCAGGCCACACGCUGCAGUACACGCUCGUUGAGCCCGCUGACAACCACACCACAGAUGGAGACAACGUCACGGAGACACCACACUUGAGGAGGGCGGCAGCCGCACCACCUGGUGACGGCCGAGCUCUCAUCGACCAGCUCACCGUCUCUGCAGAGAACGUACGCACCAACAUAACAAACAUAUGUUUUCUCGUCUACAGGGCGCAUUCGUCUUGCGCACCCACACAGGGAGCAGGACACGGGUCGAUCAUCAGUGACAACCUGUCGUGGAAUGCGUCCAGGUGGGGCAUGGGCGUCGCAUUCGUCCAAAACCAAGGCUACAGGUAAGCUUCUCUGCCUCCCCCCCUCUCAACGCCCAGCACGUGUAUGUGCAUGUCCAUAUGACGCAGGAUCGCGCAGUUCCACUUCCACUCGCCAGCAGAGCACCUAUUUGGGGGUGUGCGGCGGCCGCUGGAGCUGCACAUAGUGCACCUCAGCAUGAACAACACGGGAGAGGCACUCGUGCUGGGCGUCACUUUCAUUGAAGGUACAACAUGGUCAGAGAGACAUCGAUGCUUGCACCAUUCAUUAGUAUACGAGUCGAGUAUACGAGUCUUUUUGUGCAUGCAGGUCCUGCCGACCAGCCCAACAGCUUCUUGUCGUCUGUGCUGCAGGAGGCCGACUUCCCUCAAGCAGGAGACGGCAGGGACGUCGACCUGAGCCCUGUAUGGCCGAACACGUGCACCAACCAAUAACGAUACAAGUUUGCUUACCAACGUGCAAUGUGUGUGUGGAUGAAGGUCGGGAAUAUCUGGUCGGUGCUGCCGUACAGCGGUAUGUACGCUUGCUUGCACUCACGCCCAUGUGUAUGUAUGUAUGUAUGAAUGUAUGAAUGUAUGUGCAUGUGUGUGUACGCAGGUGACACAGCGUAUCAUUACAAGGGCUCUUUGACCACGCCGCCGUGCACAGAAUUCGUCAACUGGUGCGUAUGUCGGUGGGGUUUUGUUUCUGGUCAGGGGGAUUUCUGUUUGCGCGUGUGUCGGUAGGUACGUAUUGCGCGAUCCCCUGAAGGCGUCACGAGCGCAGCUGGACAGAUUCGAGCAGGAAUUUUCAUACACGGUAUUCUUCAGGACACACACAGAGACACAAACGUGCGGAGUCGAUCCUUGUUCAGGACACCCAGGGAAACUAUCGCGCCAAGCAGAACGACCAAGUGCGACAUGCAGCAUGCCGUGUCCCGUACGCCUUUGUAUACAUGUGUGUGUGUGUGUGUCCCGUCAUGCAGAACACGCAGAGCGUGUACAAAGUCUUAGUGACGAAGGAGGGCGAGGAUGUCUUCAUACCUAGAAACAUAUCCACCCACGCGGGAGGAGGCCAUUAUGAGGCAUGCACACACACACACACACACACCCCACACCCGUUGCGUAUGCAGUCACGUGUAUCUGUUGUCUCUCUCAGAGCGUCGCCGCGCGUGUCGAUGCGCCACUGUCCCUGUUGACGCUCGUGGCGAUUUCGACACUCAUGUGGCUCAGAUGAAAGGACGAAUACCAGAUCCAUCCUUUCGAGGCGAUACACACGCAUGCGCGUGCAUACACACGCGGCUACAGAGCAGAAAGCGUUGCUGUUCUUUUUGCAGUUGUAGGUAGGAUCUAUCAGCAGCAGACAUGCAGACACAUUCGUGUACAUAUUUGUGUGUGGUUAAUGUGGCGGGUGCGAGGUGAUGCAUGGAUGGAUGGAUGGUGAAUGGGGCAGAGACACGAGUAUUCAAGCGUGCUGCUGUGCCACCGA